UUCAAUAGCAUAUACAAGCGCGAAUUGGGUAAGCACGCGUAUCGGCUAGCGACACAGUCUUGUACUGAUAUGCGGCAAUACAUAAGAUAAUUCGAGAUGUUAGCAAGAGCAUUAGGAUUGUGAACGACUUUAUAAAAACAUCCUAUCACUGAAAGACAGAGGGUACUUGCACGGGGUUUGUGGACGACCCUUUAUAGGAUUGCAAUACCCCAUAAUAACUCCAUGCUGGACUGUGGUUGCCCAAAUCAAAAAGAGAGACGAAUAUUACAGUUUUGGAUAGAAAGAAGUGGAUAAAUUUUAAAAAUUUUGAAACGCAAUAAGUGUUUCUGUGAGUGGAUUGACCAACAGAGAACAGAAAAAUAAAUACAUACAUGCAGGGAGAUAGAAAAAUCUGCUGUUCAGUUUAUAUCUAGAUGGAUAUAAAAAAGGAGACGUGUGAGGCUGACAUAAAUACCAGAGAAACAAUGGCUGUAAGUAUUAAGAAGGAGGAGUGUGAGUGGGAGUCCAUCUGCCCUCAACAGGAGAGUCUCCACAUUAAGGAGGAGGAGGACUGUGAGACAGGGUUAGUGAGCAUUAAAGAAGAGGCUGAAGAGAUGUCUGUCAGCAUUGAGACAGACAUUUGUAAAAGUGUGCAGAAUGUCAAGGAAGAGGACCAUCAGUGUGGGGGUGAAGAUGGAGCAGUGACCGGGUUAGUCUCACCUCACAGCAGACCCUGUGCAUCAUCAGAGCCUUCAAUCCUGGUGAAGUCUGAAUCAUCACAGCCUGACACAAAAAAGAGGACUGAAGACCCUUCAUCCGUGACAAUUGAGGAAGAUGAGCCGCCACCUACAACUCAGGCUAAAAAAAGAGACAAACCUCACUGUUGUUCUGAUUGUGGCAAACAUUUCGGGCGCAGGUAUGAUCUACAGACACACAAAAGAAUCCACACUGGAGAGAAGCCAUAUUGCUGUCCAGACUGUGGCAAACGAUUCUAUAGCAAUAGUCUAUUUCUGAGCCACAAAAUAAUUCACACGGGAGAGAAGCCAUAUUGCUGUUUCGAAUGUGGCAAAAAGUUUUCAAAAAGAUCCCUUCUUCAGAUCCACAACAGAAUCCACACUGGAGAGAAGCCGUUUUGCUGUUCCGUAUGUGGCAAAAAGUUUUCAGUAUCAAGCCGCCUUCAGACCCACAAAAGAAUUCACACAGGAGAGAAGCCAUAUUGCUGUACAGUGUGUGGCAAACAAUUCACUUGCAGGAGUCAUCUUGUAACCCACCAAAGAAUUCACACCGGAGAGAAACCAUAUUGCUGUUUGGAAUGUGGCAAGCAGUUUUCACAAAACAGUGCCCUUACAAGACACAAAAUAAUCCACACAGGAGAGAAGCCGUAUUGCUGUUCUGAGUGUGGCAAGCAGUUUAUAGAUAGGAGUAGAUUUCAUAGCCACCAAAUAAUUCACACAGGAGAGAAGCCAUAUUGCUGUAAAGAGUGUGGUAAACAAUUCUGUGACAGGAGUCGUCUUCUUACCCACAAAAAACUGUGUGGCAACAAAUUCCGUGACAAGGAUCAUCUUCUGAACCAUAAAAGAAAUCAAACAGGAGAGAAGCCGUAUUGCUGUUCAGUAUGUGGCAAACAAUUCACUUAUAUGAGUCAUCUUGUACGCCACCAAAGAAUUCACACCGGAGAGAGACCAUAUUGCUGUACAGUGUGUGGCAAAACAUUCACUUGGAUAAGUCAUCUUGUAACCCACCAACGAAUUCACACCGGAGAGAAACCAUAUUCCUGUUUAGAAUGUGGCAAGCAGUUUUCACAAAACAGUGCCCUUACAAGACACAAAAUAAUCCACACAGGAGAGAAGCCCUAUUGCUGUUCUGAGUGUGGCAAGCGGUUUUUUGAAAGGAGUAGACUUCUUAGCCACCAAAGAAUUCACACCAGAGAGAAGUCGUAUUGCUGUAAAAAGUGUGGUAAACAAUUCUGUGACAGGAGUCGUCUUCUUACCCACAAAAAACUGUGUGGCAACAAAUUCCAUGACAGGGAUCAUCUUCUGAACCACCAAAGAAGUCACACAGGAGAGAAGCCUGCUAUCGCUUCGGAAUGUGGCAAAUGAUUUUCUAACCGGAGUAGUCUUCAGAGCCACAAAAGAAUUGACAUUUUAGAGAAGUCAUGUUGCUGUUAGGAAUGUGGCAAUGUUUCUGUCAUAGGAGAGAAGUCUUCAGUGCCACAGUUAACUUCAUAUUGCUUUUUGAAAUGUGGCAAAUACUUUUGCCACUGUCAUAAUCUCCAAAGCCUAGAAAACUGUUUCUAGUGGAGAGAUCUUGAAACACACAAAACAAAAUGCACUGGCCUGAGAAUCCAUGCUUAGAUCAGCCAAUGACUGAAAGAGCACUGGUCCGGACGCCAUACCAAACUUCUGUGUUAAAGUACAGCACUGCAGCGGGAUAUGACUGAGUGUAUAAAUGAGUUACGGUUACUGCAGCAUCUACAGAUUACACCAAAGCGGUUGACUACAGGAACAACUCUCUGACUAUUCAAAUCAGAUCAAUGCAAAGAACCCAAAACACAUCCCCUCAUAACCUGACUCUCUGCCAUGUUUAAACUCUUUACAGCAGUUCUUGUUAAACUAUGGGUCGCAACCCAAAUUGGGUCAUUGACGCGUUUUUUCUGUGUUGCUGUGUACAUAUACGAUUCUUUAUUUAGUCUGCAAAAUAAAAAAAGUGUUAUCAUCAUUUGAUUUUUGUUUGUAUGGCACAAUAUUAAAAAAAAAAA